CUGUGCAGUAACGCCAAGCGUGCGAGCGCAGCGACAUCAAAAGAGCGCGCUGGAGUAACAAGAGCUGCACACGCAGGACUCUGGAACUGCAGUCAUAUAAAGUCACUUUGACGGGCUCUUCACGUGGGUCAGCGCCAGCAGUGACUUUAUACACCUCCCAUUUACUGAAGUGUGUCCAUACCAAGAGCGAAGAAAGUGGCGUUCGCGCGUCACGACCGGAGGUAAAUUGUAUAUUUUGAGUCUUUUUGACAUUUCUCGUUGGUAGUUUCUUGACUCUCCCGUCGCAUCUACCAGAGAUAUAACAGUACGCAUGCCACACGUGUUUGGGUCCGCGUUGGUGAUGCCAUGCCCCGCAACCACAGCGGAGAUGAGGCCGGCUCCGGCCUCUGGAUGAACAGCUCUCCGGGGCACCACGCCGAAAGUUACGUGGAUAAUGUGGAAUGUGGUAAUAGGAUGAAGAACAAUUGUUCACGGCCGGGGGACGGACUGUUGUCCGCGUCUCAUGCCGGCACAGGUGCAUCAGCCACGGAAAGAGAGCGGGGGAAGCAGGGCGCUCGGCUGAGUCUGCUCGGGAAGCCUCUGGUUUACGGCGCGCAAAGCGGCCGGAGAAACGCGCGCUACCGGAGGAUUCAGAACUACCUGUACAACGUGCUGGAGAGACCAAGAUCCUGGGCUUUUAUCUACCAUGCUUUUGUGUUUGUCCUGGUGUUUGGCUGCUUGGUGCUGUCUGUCUUCUCAACCAUUCCAGAUCACCAGGAUAUGGCCUCUCAAAGUCUCCUGAUCUUGGAGUUUGUGAUGAUUGUGGUGUUUGGGCUUGAGUACAUCAUUCGAAUCUGGUCUGCUGGUUGUUGUUGCCGGUACAGAGGAUGGCAGGGACGACUUCGCUUCGCAAGGAAGCCGUUCUGUGUUAUAGACAUUAUAGUGCUUAUUGCCUCUGUUGCGGUGGUUUCGGCUGGGAGUCAAAGCAACAUUUUUGCAACAUCUGCACUGCGAAGCUUACGGUUCUUACAGAUCUUGCGAAUGGUACGCAUGGACCGCCGUGGAGGAACUUGGAAGCUUCUGGGAUCUGUAGUUUAUGCACACAGCAAGGAAUUGGUCACUGCCUGGUACAUUGGGUUCCUUGUGCUCAUCUUUUCCUCUUUCCUGGUUUAUCUGGUGGAAAAGGAGUUCAAUAAAGACUUUGCCACCUAUGCGGAUGCAUUGUGGUGGGGCACGAUCACCCUCACUACUAUAGGUUAUGGAGAUAAGACUCCUAAAACCUGGACUGGACGAAUGCUAUCUGCUGGCUUUGCCCUGCUUGGGAUCUCCUUCUUCACUCUGCCUGCGGGUAUUUUGGGUUCCGGCUUUGCCCUGAAGGUUCAAGAACAGCACAGACAGAAGCACUUUGAGAAGAGAAGGCACCCUGCUGCCUGCCUCAUACAGUGUGUGUGGCGUAGCUAUGCGGCUGAUGAGAACUCGGUUUCCGUUGCUACCUGGAAACCUCAUUUGAAGGCGUUACAUACCUGCAGUCCUACAAAGAAGGAUCAAGGAGAGUCAUCUACAAGUCAGAAACUGAGUUUUAAGGACCGGGUAAGAAUGGCAAGCCCACGUGGACAGAGCAUUAAAAGCAGGCAGACAUCUGUUACAGACAGACGUUCGCCUGGAGCUGAGAUCAGCACUGAUGGGUCGAGUCCUGCCAAGGUCCAGAAGAGUUGGAGUUUUAAUGACCGCACCCGAUUCAGACCCUCCCUCCGUCUCAAGAGCCAAUCACGCUCCACCCCUGAAGGUGAGGCUAACGUUGGUGUUGAUGAGGCUUUCGAUGAGAAAGGGUGUCAUUGUGACAUGUCAGCAGAGGACCUGCCGCCCGCGCUGAAGACCGUCAUCAGAGCAGUGAGGAUCAUGAAAUUCCAUGUGGCGAAGAAGAAGUUUAAGGAAACUCUGCGCCCAUAUGAUGUAAAGGAUGUAAUAGAGCAAUAUUCAGCCGGUCAUCUGGACAUGCUUUGCCGAAUUAAAAGUCUGCAAACCAGGGUGGAUCAGAUUCUUGGUAGGGGCCAGAUGCCUAUGGAUAAGAAGGUCAGAGAAAAGCUGUUGUCUGACGGAGACAUUCUGGAAGACGUGAGCAUGCUGGGAAGGGUGUGUAAGGUAGAAAGACAGGUACAGUCUAUUGAAGCUAAGCUGGACUCCUUGCUGGACAUCUACCGGCAGGUUCUGCAGAAGGGUUCUUCCUCUGCCUUCACUCUCUCCCCUCUUCCUCCUUUUGGGCUGGAGGAGACUUCAGACUAUCCGAGCACCAUCCUCAAUAAGGAUCUCUCUUGCUCCUCCCAGGUCAGCCAGUCCAUCUGUGGUAAUCACCCCAGAGCCCUCCAACUAAUAUUAGCCCCCAACGAACUCAACCUCAACCAGAACAACUCCACAACAUCAUCUCCUGGGCUCAAUCCGGCCUCUGCCUCACCUUUUAACCCAUCAACCUUCCAAAUUCCUUCAACCCCAUCCAUGGAAUAUCCACAAGGGAGUCCUUCUCAAAUCCUCAGCGCCAACAGUUUUCACUCUUCUGUAGGCCACUUUCCAUGUGUCGGUCAACCACCUCCACCUCUUCCAUCCCCAGCCUCUUCAAAGCUUCAACUUUCUUCUGUUCCUCCACAAGCAGGCCAUGUUCGCAGCAUGGGACCCUCUAGGUCUGACCCCACCGACUACUCCAAAUCCUGCUUCAGAGGAGUCGGGAUGGACUUUGGGCUUAACUCUAGUAUUAGCUGCAAGCUUCAACAAAAAAACAGACCCAGUGCUAAAGAGGACAGUUCUUGGAGGAGACAUAUAAGCAUGGAUGCAGAGAUGGACCCUCUUGCUCCAGUCUCUCCUCUUGCCCCGAUUCAAGGCCAAGGCAGCGGGGACAGAGGACUAGGGAAGUCCCUCUCUGUACAGGACCUCAUGCAGCCUGUUCUGGAAGGUCUCGGUGUGGACACGCAUUCUAGUCAGGCUAGUUUCUCCACCAGCGUUAGCAGCAGCCAGGACUCUUCAGCUGGGGGCAUUGAGAUGGGAGUACGGGGCUGGGGAGAAGCUGAUCUCUUCAUCAGCGAUAGAGACCUUGAGAGCUCAACUAAGACACAUACUCAAGGGUUCAACUUUCUCUCCCAACCCCCCAUUGAUGCAUCCUACUCCUCCGAGCUGCUUAGGACAAGUAAUACAGCUGGUGCUAGUCACAACCUAGCAAGUGGACAUACGCCCAAUACGGGCAGCAAUGAGACUAUGAACAUGCCACAUGUUCGACUAAAAUAACGCAAUCCCUAAUGUGUUACAAACUCUUAGAAACCAUAUCUGAUGGAAUGAAACUUUGAUAUGAAAGCUUAUUUUAUUUUGGAUUGUUUUGUAUUUUUAUGAGAGCAACGCAAAUUUAGAUCAUUUUUAUACAUGUUCUAUUAGUUUAUUGGUUUAUUUGAAAGAAACUAUUACGAUUUCAUAUAGGCCAAUGUACAUGACAUAUCAUUGCAUGCAUUGUUCUUUUUCAAAUGUACUGUAACAUUUUUUAAAAAAUCAAAUAGAAUGUGGUAGAUUAAUAAUCAAACUGCUGAAAUGAUCAAAAUCAGAGAUGGCAUGAACUAUUCAUUGGACUGCAUGAACACUGCAUGUCUCCAGUCUCGUUACAGAAAGCCUCAUCAACCCGAUAUUCACAUGACAAAAAUAGAAAAAAGUGUCAGAACAUAAGACAUAUUGUAAUAAGACAAUUUAUCAUAUUGUAUCAAAAGGUAAUUUACUUUUCUUAUGUAAAAAAAAAAAGUGCCAGACACGCUGAAGGAAACUGAUGCUGCUGAAAAUUGUACAGUUUUGAUAAAGCAGAUUAAAUGUUGAGAGGAGCACCUCAUAGUUUCCGUACUACAUCAGUUACUGUUUUUUAUUACUUGUCUUUUUUCUUUUUUUUUUUUAGCUCUGAUCACACCGCAACCACAUUUCACACAGCCCAACUUAAAAUCUAAUUAGUUUUGUAAAUAUGCAUGAUUAUACAAUAUACAUUAUAAAUAAUAGUUAUAUAUAUAUAUAUAUAUAUAUAUAUAUAUAUAAUGUAGAGUUCCCAUGCAAAAGCCUCUAAAAGCCAUCUUGGUCAAAACUGAGAUAACGAUACCGAGGGAAUGCACAUAGUAUAUGUUCAUCAAGUACUUUCACUUCAAAUGUCCAGCCUCAACCCAUUCAGAAGUAUCCAGUACUUACAUAGAAACAUAUACAUAGUAUCCAGAAAGAAGCGCUAAUUUUAAAUAAAAAUGUCAGAUGUACUUUAGGCUUUUGCAUAUAUAUAUAU